AUGCCAGGAAUUAUUUCGUUAAUCAAAGGCAACGUUGUGACUCCUUCGGAAGUCAUCUAUGAUGGCUUUGUGGUUGUCGUGGGUGGUCUCAUUGAGAGUGUGGGGGGCUCCGCAGAUUUGCCUUCCGAGAAGGAUCUUACACAACAGUACGGUGAGGCUCAGGUUGAGAUUGUGGAGGGGGGCUUUAUCCUUCCUGGAUUUGUGGACAUACACAAUCAUGGGCUUGGAGGUACCAGCGAUGUCAUUGCCCACUGGACGAAUCCCGAAUAUUCGCUUAAAGAGAUGGCACGGUGUGGAACGCUUUGUGGUUUGGCGUCCAUGAUUUUCUCCUCGGAACACAAGAGCACCGUUAAAAAAGCUAUUAAAGAAGUUGAGAAACGUGUUGGUGUUUACAUUCCUGAUUGCUGCGUUCUUGGCGGUAUUCACGCUGAGGGGCCGGUUAUUCAUGAUCUGGGAGGGAUGCCUGUUUGUGAAAACAGGUGGUCACUUGAACGUUUUAAGGCACUUUGUGCCACUAUGCCUUCAAUGCGUAUAAUGACGAUUUCACCACACGUUGACGCGCGCAGCAACUACGAGCUUAUUCGUCAUCUCCUUCGUAUCGGAGUUCGCCCAGCACUUGGACACGACCGUGUCGCCACAAAGAAAGAUAUUUUGGGUGCUUUGAAGCUUGCAACGUCGGAGGAGGACAGGCUCCAUGUCACGCACAUGUACAAUGUUAUGUCUUUUCAUCAUCGAAACCCAUCCCUGAUCAAUAUAGCGCUUUGCUCUUCAUUUCCAAACGCCGAAAUUUACAAAGGGGCCAUUACGCCGUACGUUGAGAUUAUUGGGGACCUUGUCCAUUCCGACGCCAUUCCUUUGCAUGUGGCGCUUUCUUCCAGGAACUGCGAUGAAGUUGCUCUCAUCACAGACUGCAUAUCAGAAAACCGUCAUGGGAAGCGUUUUACUUACAAUGGGCGCUUAAUUUCCGUUCGCGCCGAAGGCGGUUGUUGUCUGUGUGAUGCAUCCGGCCGGCCUUCAAAAACGCUUGCCGGAGGCACCAGUGCUCUGGUGGAUCAAUUUAUGAACCUGGUCACUCUUAUGCGGGUGGACCUCAUUUCUGCCUGUAAGAUGGUUGCCACGACACCUGCCAAAAUUGCCCGCUUAGACGGGGUUGGGUCGAUUGAGCGAGGAAAGAAAGCCAACAUUUUGCUUCUCAAUUCGGAACUAAACACGAUAACAAAGCGUAUGAUUUAUGGAAAUUGGACUACACAUGGUGUGUAUCGUAUCCUGCGACCAUCCGUGUCCCACAUGUAA